GAAACGUUAAAAACGAACAGUAAAGGAAAAAAGUUUGUAUUGUGCGUUUGUUUUUAAGAAAUUCAUCAUUUUUUCAUUAAUCAGUUAGUGCCAAAUAACAGAAUCAAUGCCAUGAGUUCAUCCUUAAGUGUCAGUGCAGAGAACUUAUCGAAUGAUGCGAGUAAUGAUGGAGGAAGUUCAAGUAUGUGUUUGGAGCUCGCAUUAGAGGGAGAACGUUUAUGUAAAAGCGGCGAUUGUCGCGCUGGAGUUGCCUUCUUUCAAGCUGCUAUUCAGGCCGGAACAGAUGAUUUACGUACAUUGUCGGCAAUUUAUAGUCAACUUGGCAAUGCUUAUUUUUACCUUGGUGACUAUGCUAAAGCUAUGCAAUACCAUAAGCUCGACUUGACAUUAGCACGUAGCAUGAAUGAUCGAUUAGGUGAAGCGAAAUCAUCAGGAAAUUUAGGAAACACGCUCAAAGUCAUGGGUCGAUUUGAUGAGGCUGCUUUAUGUUGUGAACGACACUUGACUAUUGCACGACAACUUACAGACCGUUUGAGCGAAGGUCGAGCACUCUAUAAUCUCGGUAAUGUUUAUCAUGCCAAAGGAAAGCAAUUGGGACAAAAAGAAGGACCAGGAGAUAGUUCAGAAGAAGUAAAGGAGUCAUUAAUGAAGGCAGUUGAUUAUUAUCAACAGAAUUUGACACUCAUGCGUGAAAUCGGUGACCGUUCAGCACAAGGGAGAUCAUGUGGAAAUUUAGGAAAUACUUACUAUCUGCUUGGAGAUUUUCAAGCAGCAAUUGAACACCAUCAAGAGAGAUUAAAGAUUGCUCGAGAAUUCGGCGAUAAAGCUGCAGAAAGACGAGCUAAUUCCAAUUUAGGAAAUUCUCACAUUUUCUUGGGACAAUUUGAGCUUGCUGCUGAUCAUUAUAAACGUACUCUAGCUUUAGCAAUGGAACUUGGUGAAAGAGCUGUUGAAGCACAAGCAUGCUAUAGCUUAGGAAACACAUAUACUCUACUUCGUGACUUUCCAACAGCUAUUGAUUACCAUCAAAGGCAUUUGGGUAUUGCUCAAGAAUUAGGUGAUAAGAUUGGAGAAGCUAGAGCUUGUUGGUCUCUUGGAAAUGCUCAUGCUGCCAUAGGAACUCAUGAAAAGGCACUUCAUUAUGCACAACUUCAUUUGUUUUUGGCCAAGGAACUUGGCGAUCCAGUCGGUGAGACUACAGCACGAAUUAAUAUUGCUGAUUUAAAGAAAGUAUUGAAUGUACCAGAUGCUCAAUCAGAUACGGAAUCUUUGAAGGAAUUACAACAAAAAUUAAUGCAAAAGAACCAAAAUAUUUCACAAUCAAGUACCACGUCAGGUAUGACUAGACAACAUCGCUUGAGAAGACAAUCUAUGGAACAACUAGACUUGAUAAAAUUGACACCAGACAGCAAGAAGCAACAGUCUGUUGAUCUUGAUCAUCUUCCAAGCAAGAAUCAAGAGAACGAUAAGCCACCAAAGGAAGAAGACUUCUUCGAUUUACUUACACGUACGCAAAGUAAGCGAAUGGAUGACCAACGUUGUACUUUAAAGACUACAGGAAGCGAGAAAGGCAGAAAACCAUUGACACAACAGAACAAUAAUAUGAACGUAAAGGAUCAAAAGAAACUUUUGGAAAUGAUAGCUGACUUCCAAACUGAGCGUAUGGAGGAACAAAGAUGCGAACUUUUACCAGGUUUCAAACGUUCUGAUAAAAGUCCAGGACCUCCACAGUUGACAGAAGCAUCAUCUAGUAACGAUAAACCUGUACCAGAUGAGCCAUUCUUCGAUAUGUUAAUGCGUAGCCAAAGCUCAAGAUAUGAUGAACAGCGAUCAGAAUUACCAAAAAAUAGUGUCAUCCAAGACAGUGAACAACCAAAUGAUAAUAAUAAUGUAAUGCCAGCGAGAAACGAGCCGGCAAGAAAUCGCACGACAUUACCAGACGAGGAUUUCUUUUCUCUCAUAAUGAGAGUUCAAGGUGGACGAAUGGAAGAUCAAAGAGCUACCGUACCUGUGAAUACAAAUCGUAAUAAUAAUAAUAAUCAGCAAAAUCAUAAAUAAGUCCGCAAAUACUUUAUUUUUGGUCAUCAGAAAUUCAUGCGGGUAUAGAACAUUUUCACACUCAUUCACAAAACAAAUUGCGCCGUUUUAGAUAUUCUUAUGAGAGUUUAAGAAAAGAGAAAUGAGAGAACUAUGGGAAAAACUUAUUGGAUUUAAUGAAAAUUUCAUUAGGUUCAUUAAUUUACUCGACACAGUUCCACUUUAUAUACUAAUCUUUUUAAAAAUAUUCAUUCAUUCCUUACCACUUCUAAAGAUUGACUAACUGAUUAAUUAAUCCUUGCCAUAGAUUUUUUACUAAACAAAUUUGCUUAUUCUCAUUC